ACGCCAUUUACGCAACGUUCCGUUACGUACCAGUACACUGGAAUUAAACACAAGUGACAUGAAGGGAUGAAACGAAAGAGUGAAGAGCUCAACGUCCGUUUGAAUCAAAUGGAAGUCAACUGCAGUGUCUGGAACGUGUUUUUAAUACUAAAGUGGUGGAUCUCUGUCGUUUGUUUGGCAGGUCUCCUCCCUCGGCAUUGCAGUGGAGUUCAUGUUUUUGUAAGAGAUGAGAAGAAAUAUGCUGUCCUGUUCCAGUCAGUGGUGUUGCCAUGUCAGUACACCAGCGUGUCCACCCAUACACCUGUAGUGCAGUGGGUUUACAAGUCGUACUGCCGCGACCGCACACGGGAUUCUUUUAGCUUCCCAGACAGCCUAAGCGGAGGGUUCGGAGGAGGAGGCCUGAUUGGAGGAAAUGGUGGAGGCGGGGGAGGUGGAGGAGGCUACGAGACCGCCAUGACAACAAACUACCUUGACUGCUCUGACAGCAGCCGCACGGUGCGAACUGUGGCGUCCAUUUCUGGAUCUUCGUUCACACUGUCAGAGUACUACAAGAACAGAGACAUUUCCAUCAUCAACAAGGCUGACCUUCGCAUUGCAGAGGUCCAGUGGGGGGACAGCGGAGUGUACACAUGCAAAGUGGUUAUAUCUGAUGACCUGGAAGGACAGAAUGAAGCGUCUGUGGAGCUAUUGGUUCUUGGAUUCUCAGGUGUCUCUGAAGAUCUUCUACCAGACUUUGAUUUGAAGAUUAUGCCAGAAUGGGUGUUUGUAGCUGCCGUGGCACUGGGCAUUGUGUUAUUCCUUCUGCUGGUUGGGGUGUGUUGGUGCCAGUGUUGCCCUCACUCAUGCUGCUGCUAUGUGAGCUGCUGCUGCUGCCCUGAUACGUGCUGCUGCCCGAGACAUUUGUACGAGGCAGGAAAGGGUAUAAAGACGGGUACCUCCACCCCACAGACACCUGCCUACAUGCCAUACUUUGUUUCUGGGGUGCCCGCCAUGGUACCCAUCGCUCCCCCUUCCCUGGUGGAAAAGAUGUCAUCUGCCCCGCCUUCAGAUGGUAGUCUACUCACAGCAGUUCCAAUACAUGGUGUAGGAGCUCCCUACCGCUUGCCUUCACCACAAGACCAAGACUCUCUCAGGGUUCUACAGUAUGUAGAGAACCAACUGGCUCACUUCAACCCUACCAGGUCCACCAGCCACCAGUCCUGUGGUCUCUCCGAGCUGAGUUCCCUCCAUGAAGGUGAAAACGGUUUCCGCCAAACAUUCCGGAAUGUCCAGAAGAAAGCGCUUCCACCUAUCUCAGAUCACGACCCUCAACCUGAACCGAGACGAUAUAGGGAAAACCGCAGCCCCGAGCCACAGCGGUACCAUGACAACCCCGCUUCUUCACCUCAGCAUUACCGCGAGGACCCCGAGUUAGAGCGCUGUCACUAUGGAGAGGAUCCCGUCCCACCACGCCGCUACAGUGAUGACCCCCCUCCCUCGUUUCAGUCUCGCAAGCAUGUCCGUAAUCAUCGGCAGCAAAACCACACUGAAGAGAACUCUCACAACAGGUGGAACCCUCGAUCAGAACAUCUGCAAAGAAAGACCUAUAGCACCGUGGGACGCACUGGCUCGUUGGAUGAGUUGGAAGAGUUUGCUACCACCUACAAGCAACGAGGAGGCAGACGAGCGGAUAAAAGGGAAGACGAAGACGACGAGACAGAGCUUCGUGAGUUCAGCCGAUAUCCUUUGUACCGUCACGGUCCACCACAGCACUAUUACGACAAUCACAAUGAGCUUGGAGACAGCAGUGACCACGACGACCGACCCAGGAGGCACAGGAAAAAUGGACAUAACAUAAGUCCACUGCCCUCCCCCACAAAGAGUCGGGGCAACUGCGGCAAUGAGCGUUCCGUCCCAGUCCCUCCCAGUUUGAAUCCGCCAUCAACUUCUUCUCAAGAAAAAGACUAUGACGGCACAUUCCUGAAUAGCCUGUUGGAUCGUAAGGCUAAGUUACGAGGAGUCAACCACGGGAAAAGUGGCCCCCGGGCAGAGGAGGACUCAGACACACCCUCAAAGAGCAGCUUGAAAAAGAGUAACGGAGAGUCAAGCCGAAACUGUAGCAGGUCACCUAGCAACAGGCCAGAAGCUGAUUCCCUGGCCUUUUACUCGGAUACAGAGCGAAGCAGAACUGACAGGCCUGCUCCACGGCCGCUCCCAGCAUGCAUCCGCUCUCCACAACCUCACACCCCUUCCCCACUUCAUCGCAGAGAAGAGGCCAGAGACAAGUCUCGGAAAGUGCAGGGCACUCUUCUCAGCCGGGAUUCCCUCAUCGUUUGAUUGGCUAAAAGGCUCAGAGGUUGGAGGGGGGUCGGAAUGUGCGACCAUGUGAUUCAAUGGGAGCUACAGUACUGCAGCUGGUACUGUUGGACGAAAGACAUGGAUGGCACACGUAUAUACAGUAUGCCAUCUUUACCGCUGAUGUCAUCACUGCUUGGUUUGUGUCACUGCUUACCCAGAAUACAGAGCUGAACUAAUGUGGGUUUAGUGGAUGACCUGGAAUGUCGCUCCUGCAGGACCCGCCCAUCUGCCUUGAGAGGGGGGAUGGAAGCCAAUGAAAGUAGCUUUAUGACCCCAGCACAGUGAGUGCAUUCAUUUUGGUUGAGGAGUUGAGCAUAUAUAAUGUCACCAUCAUGGAUGAUAAAGGACCUAGUAGGUGUGAAACACUGUCUUUUAGGUAAUAAACAAUAGUAGAACAGAAAGCAAUAAUCAUAAUUAAGCAUCACUUAUAUGUGUUAAGUUUAACUUACAACUUGUCCUUUCAAUCACCUAAUGUAACAUAUGUGGAUGUGAGUAGCAGUGCUAAAGUAUGUAUGACCUUAAUCCCAAGAUGCCACAGUCAUUGUAUACAGUAUUCUGCAUCCAAGGUAUGCAAAUGCCUCAGUUAUUGUCGCCAUGGCAACAUAUGGAAUUUCUGCAUUGUCCUGUUAUGUCAUGGAUUUUCAGUUCUAUAUAAAAGUGCCAGUCUCAUAAAGGCUCGGGCUAAUGCUGUUGAUGCUUAAUUCAACAUCUAGCGUGGUAAUUUAUUUGCUUUUCAGUCCGUAUUAAUCAUUUAAUAUGUGUGAGUUUACACAAAUUGCAGCAGCUACUCUCUUCCAAGGGAGUGUUUGUUUUGUGUUACAAAAGUUUAACUUGGCUUUUUACUCUAGCAGUACAAACUAAACGGAUGGCAGCCUUUUUAUGUGAUGAUGUGAGGUUUUUUAUAUGUGUUUUUUUUAUAAGAGCAAAAAAUGACUACUGUAAAUUGACUGCUUGUAAGAGCUAGUAGUGCAAAUUUAACAUAUGGUUGACUUGAGAUGGAAAUAUUCAUUGUUUUGACUCACUACAGUGUUAUCAGCUUUAGCUUUGUAUUUUUUAAGACUGUAGCAUUUACACGAAACAUUGUACAAUGUUGGAUUAUUUCUUCGUGUGUGUAUCAGAGCGGGAUGACUUUACUUUUUGCCAAAGGAGACAAUGUCAAGUAUGAGUCAUGUCUUUUGUUCAUUGUUGCCGUGACAGGCUGCCUUUAUUCAAUACACAACUGGUGUAAAACUCACAUUGCCAUGUUUUGACUCCCAUAUAUAAUCUGACGUUUACAGUUGUUUCCUAUGACCAUUUUAAUCUACCCAGAUGCGGUGUGCUGUGAAACAAUAUGAACAGGAUCAUCCACCAGAUUAUCAGCAAAUAAACUAUGUAGAAAUUA